AUGGUCUCAGAAGCUGACUUGAGACAAUACGUUUCGGAAAUCGAAAAAUUAAUCAUCACUCUUAUAGUCAGAUUAAAUACCUACUCCCUAAACGCGGCAAAAAUGGAACUGUGUCCGAACGAUCCAUAUUGUACGGAUACUACGCGUGAACAUUGGAAGAAAUACCGACACCACAAAAGGCAUGAUCGAAAGAUAAUUCGUGUAUAUCAUGGAACUUUGCCUAAGCACGCAGACUCUAUUAAUAAGCAUGGACUACGACCUUCUACAGAAGGACGGCUAGGACCUGGCAUUUAUUUAGCCGAAAAAAGCGCUGCCAAGAAAAUUUCUCAGUACAACAGCGAUUCUAAUGAUAGCUUUGUUGUUGAAGCUGAGCUCAAUGUAGGACACAAGAAGGUAUUAACUGGAGAUGAUGACGAUGGAGAUGGUCAGUGGUAUGAAGAGGGUUAUGAUACUUGCCAGGCUGAGCAUUAUCCAUGGGCAGGGAAUAAUCACAAGUUCCCGGAAUGGUGCGUACAAGAACAAAAGAGAGUGAAAAUUGUGAAAUAUCAUCAGCACAACGGGAAAACAAAUUUUGAACAAGCUCCAAGAUAUCCGCUCAAUAUCAAAGGCAAGGGUAAAACUAAAAUAAAACACAAAGAGCUGACUAUAGAGUACGACAGCGAUUGCGACAAUGCUGACACAACAAUCACUAUCAAGUGA